CUAAAUCAAAUCCAUCGUUGAAUUAGAUGACUAAAAGAGUCUUUAAAUGUGAGCUUUUUAAGAGGACGAUGUAGGAGGCAUCACCAUGACCGGCCGUAGAUGCCGCAAGUCCCAUUCUCCGCCAGGCUUCACCCCAAACCAGGGCAACCAUAACAACAACAACAACUGCAUCUCCCGCGUCAAAGGUUCUUCCCUAAAAGGUUCCUCUUGGAACCCUUCGACCCUGGUGAAAUCCAGGAGACACUCCGGCCACCCCAUCAACAGUUCAACAUUUGAUUCUCUACCUCUCCCUUCCGGACCAGACUGGCUCUUCUACGCUGUCAUCGCUGCAGUGAGUUUUGCACUGUUUUCCAAUGCCUUACACGGCGACUUUGUCCACGAUGAUGUCUUUGCCAUCAAGAACAACAAGGACCUGCUGCCCUCGACCCCUCUGUCGAAGGUCUUCCAGAAUGACUUCUGGGGCAAGUCAAUGAGUGACAACACAAGUCAUAAGUCCUACAGGCCCCUCUGUGUUCUUACAUUUAGGUUGAAUUAUCUGAUGAGCGGUUAUCAACCCUACUCAUAUCACCUUUGGAAUGUGUGUCUCCACUCAGCUGUUUGCAUAAUCUUUACGUUUGCAACUCAUCGAGUUGUAUUUAAUGAUAUCCGACCUGCGUUUAUCAGCGGUCUCUUGUUUGCAGUCCACCCAGUGCACACUGAAGCAGUUGCAGGAGUGGUUGGUCGUGCUGAUGUGUUGUCUUGUCUCUUUUUCCUCCUGGCAUUCCUAGCUUAUUCAAGAUGUAUGGCAUCAGAGAGACCAAAGCAGGAGGAUCGUUUAUACGAGCCCACCUCCACCCCAUACCUCAUCCUCUCAACAUCCAUUCCUCAUCUCGUUCUCUGCAUCUUCCUCUCGCUCUGUGGUUUAUUGGUUAAGGAACAUUCUGCGACCGUCCUAGGGGUCUGUCUGUGCUACGAUGCCAUUGUGACAUCAUGGCCUCUUCUGACAAAAUACAUCUUCAAUUCAAAGUCCUCUACCUUGCCAGCAGAUCUGAUUCCGUUCAUUUUCAGAAGUGCAAUAUUGAUUGGUGCUGCAUUUGUAUUCCUGAGUUUCCGCCUGUGGAUGUUGAAUGGUCAUCUCCCACAUUUUUCAGAGGAGGAUAAUCCAGCUUCAUUUGCUCCUCAUCUUACAACAAGGUUUCUAACCUACAGCUACCUUGUGGCGUUCAACAUUUUGCUGCUCCUCUGUCCCACCACACUAUCCCAUGACUGGCAGGAAGGGAGCAUCCCCCUCGUCGAGUCGAUAUGGGAUCCGAGAAACGCUGCCACCCUCUUAGCCUUUGUAUCUCUCUGUCUCAUAACGUUCCAUUGCAUCUUCAGGUCAAAGGACACAGAAAGAAGAGUACUUGCAUGCGGAUUGCUUUUUCUGGCCGUUCCUUUCUUGCCUGCCUCUAAUUUACUAAUUAAAGUUGGCUUUGUUGUGGCUGAGAGAAUCCUGUAUAUACCAAGUCUUGGCUUCAGCAUCCUCGUGACCUAUGGCAUGUUCAAGAUGGCUGCCUGCCUGACGUCACGCUCCGGUCAAAACUUCCUCUGGAUGGCUACCCUUUUCAUAGUGCUGUGUUUCUGCAGGAGAACAUGGGUGCGGAACCGCGUUUGGGAGUCGAGGGAAACGUUAUUCAAGUCAGGAUUGGAGACAUUGCCUCACAAUGCGAAGAUGCAUUAUAACUACGGCAACUAUCUUAUGGAUACGGGGCUUAGAAACGAGGCCAUCAAGCAUUUUCAAGAAACAUUAAGGUUAUACCCUCGGCAUGCUUCAGCCAAUAACAAUCUUGGUACGCUACUGAGUGAAAGUGAACCACAGAGGGCAGCAGACUAUUUCCAUGAGGCAAUUAGGAUUAAUCCUCUGCAUGCUAGAGCAUACUUCAACCUGGCAAAUAUCUAUAAUAACCGCGGAGAGCUUGCCACUGCCGAAGCGCUGUUUCUGAAAGCCUUGGAGAUCGAUCCUCAGUACCUGAAUGUCCUCAUCAGUUUGGCCUCCUUGAAGCAGGUCCAAGGGGAUAUCCCUGCAGCCGAAGGCUUUUACAGGCAGGGCCUGGAGAAUGGAGAGCCUUCCGCUGACCUUCACAACAACUAUGCAGCCUUUCUCAUGGGCAAUGAUCACCAUCAGGAAGCAUUAUAUCACUAUGGAAAAUGCUUGGAGAUUGACCCUGCCCAUGCUGUUGCCAUGACAAAUAAGGCCCGCCUCCUCAGACAUCUAAACAGAACCGAUGAAGCAGAAGAUAUGUACAUUAGGUCUCUCUCAUUUAGCAACAAUGCCAAAACCUUGCAGAGCCUUGCAGCUAUUUAUUACAACACUGAUCGACCAACCAAAGCCCUUGGGACUUACAAAGAGGCAUUGGACUUGGAGCCUCAUAAUUUAGACAUACAACUUCAAUAUGCCCAGGUUAUGACAAGACUUGGUCUAUUCAAGGAAGCAGAGGGCUAUCUCACUGAGGCCCUGGACUCCAAUCCAACCACCGUAGAACUUCGUAGACUCCUAUCAAGUGUGUACAGUGUACAGGAUCGCUACCAAGAGGCUUUGAGGCAAGUUGAGGUAGCACUGGGACUGACUAAGAUCACCGAUGUGGAAACCAGAGCAGAUCUCCUGUUUGAGAAGGCCAACCACUUGAAGGGACUCAACAAAAUAGAGGAGUCACAAAAGACAUAUGAAGAGGUAUUGUCCCUGAACCCAGAGAUGGGAUCAUGCCUGCUGAACUUAGGAGCCAUUCACCACCUCAAGGGAGACUACAAGCAAGCUAGGAUGUAUUACAUGAGGGCGCUGACCCUUGACCCCAAGAAUGAAAUCCUCAUUGAAAACAUUGCCAAGCUGAAGAGAGCAGAAUCUAAAGCAAGGAGAGCAACGUAAGGUCAAAGGUCAGUGCUGCCUCUUACAUGCAGGAAUCCAGCACGCAUCUUUUCAUCACUAAAUUUCAGCU